AAUGGGUAAGGGUCGUGGGGGAGUGUUGUGUAAGAGCUAGAGGUCAGGAAAAUUAAUGGAGAAACCUAAGAUCAAGAAGCCCUGCUACAGCCUGUAUGGAUGGUGGUACAGUAAGAUACCUCCAACUUGGAUGGUCAUCACUGGAGCAUUGAUUGUGCAGGUCGGGUUCGGGCUGUAUCCUGUAAUUGUGAAGAAGUUUGCCGCUGGAGUGAAAGCCGAUCCGCUAGUGCUGAGCUUUUACAGAGAUGCGUUGUGUUCGCCAGUGCUGUUCCUAUGUGCUAUCAUUGCUGAGAGAAAGAUUCUCAUCCCAGGGUUCAAAAUGCUUGUUGUCCUUAUUCUACUGGGCUUGGUAGGAAUGUUCGGAAAUCAGUUGUUGUACAUUCUUGGGGUGUACUGGGCGGGGCCAGACAUUGCCAGUGCUUUCCAGCCCAUCAUUCCAGUGUGGACAGCCAUCCUCGCACUGCUCACUUGCACAGAGAAAAUACCCUCCCCAUUUAAUCUUCACACCUGGAUAAAGCUGUUGGGAAUAGGGCUAGCAGUAGGCGGGGCUAUAGAGUUGACUGUGACCGGUCAGAAGGGUGAUGCUCCCUCCAACAACCACACCUCUCACUCCAACUCAACUGACUCUGGAAUCAACUUACAUGUGAUGGGCUAUGUUGCUCUCUUUGGUAACACCUUUUGUAUGGCUAUUUAUGUUCUCUUGCAAAAAAAGUUCAUCUUCAACAAACUAAAUUGUCGAUGGCGAGAUUAUCCUGUGUCAGUGACCGCGUACUCAUACGUAUUUGGUGCUAUGUUCAUGGGACUAGCCGCCACCAUCUACCUCCCAGCCAUGGGUCAGACCGACCACUUUAUAUUGCCAAGCAAUGCUUGGUAUGCCCUGGUGUAUGCAGUGUUUAUCACAUCGGCUCUUUGUUACCUCCUCAUCACCUGGUCCAACAUGCACCUCUCUGCUACCAUAGUCACUGCCUUCUGGCCAUUCCAGGUACUUGUGGCUGUGUUGGCGUCGUACUUCAUUACUGGAGAUGUUCUAGCUCCAUUGCAAUACUUGGGUGUUGUCAUGUUAAUUGUCGCACUGUUCCUGGUGUUGGUGUCCAAUCACAUGGACGAACGGUUGGCUGAAGGAAAAUCUGUAAUUCGAUUGAAAGCCUGUUUCGUAGAGCGCAGGAGACAAGAGUCGAUAUCCUCCGAGAGAGAGAAAGAAGUAGGUGGAGUAUACAAUGAGCACACUUCCCUCAUUAAGAACGGACAUACUGGAAGCAAGAAUCACGAUGAGAAGAGAAAAAUGCUGAAUGCUAGAGUGAACUGAUUACUGAUGACUUGUGUGACUCUUAAUAGUUAUAAUUUUGAAUGAAACCACUCCAGUAUCACCAUUUUUUUACAUUG